AAUAUUCUUGCUUCAUUACGACUUGGUGGCUUCUUCUCCUUGGUUGAUCCAGAUCAUGUAUUUAUCACUCUUCAUGAUGCAGUCUUAUUUGCACAAUAUCAGUUACAUGAGUCAGGGAAUCAUUUAUGUCAAGUUGCGUCGACAUUCCCAUCACCGGCAGAUAUUGUAGUUGUCUGCUCCGAUAUUAACCUGCCUACUUCAUCUCCGAGCUCGUGCUGGUCACCUGAAGUUCCGGAUCGCCUUUACGUAAUGGCCCAAGUUCAUCCUGAUCAUGCAAAAUUUACUAUGGCUAAUGUCGACAAAGAUUCAGCCCAGAAUAUCUCGGAAGAAGCUAGAGUAGUUAGGAAAAAAGAAAGCAUUAAAAAUUCUAAAUUGUGA